AUGGCGUUGCCCCCGGCCGCCGCGCCCCCCGCCGGAGCCCAGGCACCCCCGGGGCCCCGCGCCGCCGUCGCUGCCGCCGCCGCGCCGCCGCUGGGCCUGCAGCAGCUCUCGGAGCUGCGGCCCGAGCCGGGUGGGGUCCCGCUGCACUCGCCCUGGACCUUCUGGCUCGACAGAUCCCUCCCCGGUGCCACAGCGGCGGAGUGCGCAUCAAAUCUGAAGAAAAUCUACACAGUACAAACGGUGCAGAUAUUCUGGAGUGUGUACAAUAAUAUUCCUCCUGUGACUAGCCUGCCUUUGAGAUGUAGUUAUCAUUUAAUGAGAGGAGAGAGGCGGCCACUUUGGGAAGAGGAGAGUAAUGCAAAGGGUGGCGUAUGGAAGAUGAAAGUUCCCAAGGACAGCACGUCCACAGUUUGGAAAGAGUUGUUGUUAGCGACUAUCGGGGAACAGUUCACAGACUGUGCCGUCGCAGAUGACGAAGUAAUAGGAGUUAGUGUCAGUGUCCGGGACCGGGAAGACGUCGUCCAAGUCUGGAAUGUAAAUGCCGCCGUAGUGGGGGAAGCCACCGUUUUAGAAAAGAUCUAUGAGCUCCUGCCCCACAUAUCUUUUAAAGCCGUAUUUUAUAAACAUGACGGUGACACAGGAGAGAAUGCACGCAUAGUGGUGAAAUGUUAACAGUAUGAAUAGGUGUGUGGACCCAUUGUUUCCAUCAUGAUUCAUGUUCAUUGCUUUUGUGUGCGCUUUUGAAAAAGUCAUCUUUUUCAUAAUGAAAACAGCUUAGUGCUAUUAAACCACUGUUUGGUAGAUCAAACUGCGGGUUACAGUUUUAACAGUGAGCUAGAGAAAAGGAUUGACAGCCCUACACGUAUACGAUGGAUUUCCUUUUCCCCAAACUAUUCCAAGAGUCAGUAAUCCAAUUUUUUUAAACCACGGCAUUUCAUUGAAUCUAAGAUGCCCUUGAUGUUAAGUAUUAUUUUAGUAUUACUAAGAAAGAAAAAUACAAGGCUCCUGAUUAAACUGUGGCACAGUCUUGAUUCCGGGGGUCUUCAUACGUGCAGUGGGGAGGCGGAGUGGGGAGUGCGUCUUAGUAUUAGUGAAAUAUACUCUCUUACCGGUUCACUUUUCCCAACCCCUUGUCAAAAAGGAGAAGAAGAGUCACAUUUUGCUUUGUGACUGUCUUACUAUGACAUGAAGACUAAGGCCUCCCUGUAAGCAAUCAUAUAAUCACAGGCCCAGUGAUUUAGAUUUUAAGUAGUGGGACAGAUCUGCUGCUGCAGAUAUUCAGGAGAUGCUUAGCAUCUGAAUUUUAAAUGAAAGUUUAAAUAAAAGAGACAGAGGACGGCACUGCGGAAGUCGCACGUUGAUUGUGCUGUGUGGAGGUCGCACGUUUGUAGAUGCAAUUUUGACUCCAUAGGGAACAUUAAUUGUAUUUUCAGCCCAGAUAUUAAUUGAAAGUUCAAGGGCCUUUUUUUUUUUGUACUCCACGAAACUAACUCCAGCAGAAUCUCUCCAAAAGGAAGUAUGUUUCGCCGCCAUUUAUGAACGGGGCGAACACGUUCUUUACCUCCUUAGAACCUUCUCCACAUUUGACUCCAAAGAGGAGAAAAGCAAUUUGAAUGGUAAAGUCAGGCACUCUGGAUUUUUGUCCCACUUCAACACUGUGACCUCGAGCAAGUCACAGUUUCUCCUCCUUUCACUUUCCCAUCUUACUGUUGAGAAGGUUGGUCUUA